GUCAUGAACCCCGAGAGCUUCGCGGCCAGCGAGCGGCGGGUGUCUCCGGCUUACGUGAGGCAGGGCUGCGAGGCUCGGCGCGCCCACGAGCACCUCAUCCGGCUGCUUCUGGAGCAGGGCAAGUGUCCAGAGGAUGGCUGGGAUGAAAGUACCCUCGAACUCUUUCUGCAUGAGCUUGCACUCUUGGAUAGCAACAAUUUCUUGGGUAACUGUGGUGUGGGAGAAAGGGAAGGGAGAGUAGCCUCUGGUUUGGUUGCUCGCCGUCAUUACAGGUUCAUCCAUGGAAUUGGACGAUCCGGUGAUAUUUCUGCUGUGCAACCAAAAGCUGCAGGCUCUAGCCUCUUGAACAAAAUUACUAAUUCUUUGGUGCUUAAUGUCAUAAAGCUGGCUGGUGUUCAUUCAGUGACCAGUUGCUUUGUAGUUCCUAUGGCAACCGGGAUGAGUCUAACCUUGUGUUUCCUAACACUACGGCACAAAAGACCGAAGGCCAAGUAUAUCAUAUGGCCCCGGAUAGACCAGAAGUCCUGCUUUAAGUCCAUGGUCACUGCAGGGUUUGAACCCGUGGUAAUAGAAAAUGUAUUGGAGGGUGAUGAGCUGCGCACAGACUUGAAAGCCGUGGAGGCUAAAAUCCAGGAGCUCGGGCCUGAGCACAUCCUGUGCCUUCAUUCGACCACAGCCUGCUUUGCGCCAAGGGUGCCUGAUAGAUUAGAAGAACUGGCUGUGAUUUGUGCUAAUUAUGACAUUCCACAUGUAGUCAACAACGCUUAUGGAUUACAGUCUUCAAAGUGCAUGCAUCUCAUUCAGCAGGGGGCUCGGGUUGGUAGAAUUGACGCUUUCGUUCAGAGCUUGGACAAAAAUUUUAUGGUUCCAGUAGGUGGUGCUAUAAUUGCUGGUUUUAAUGAUCCCUUCAUUCAGGACAUCAGCAAGAUGUAUCCAGGAAGAGCCUCAGCCUCGCCGUCCUUAGACGUCCUCAUCACCUUGCUGUCACUGGGCUGCAGUGGCUACAGGAAGCUGCUGAAGGAGAGAAAGGAAAUGUUUGUCUAUUUGUCCACCCAACUAAAGAAGUUGGCAGCGGCCCACAAUGAAAGACUACUGCAGACACCUCACAACCCUAUAUCCUUAGCUAUGACACUUACGACGAUAGAUGAACACCAUGACAACGCUGUCACUCAGCUUGGCUCAAUGCUUUUUACCAGACAGGUGUCUGGAGCCAGGGCUGUGCCUCUGGGGAACGUGCAAACUGUGAGUGGCCAUACUUUCCAAGGCUUCAUGUCCCACACAGAUAAUUACCCCUGUGCUUACCUCAAUGCGGCAGCGGCCAUCGGGAUGAAGAUGCAGGAUGUGGACCUGUUCAUAAAGAGACUUGACAAGUGCUUAAACAUAAUAAGGAAAGAACAGACUAGAGCAAGUGCUGUGUCUGGAGCUGAUGAUAACAAAGCUGAAGAUGCGGGUAUUGAGGAAAUGGCUUUGAAACUGGAUGAUGUGCUUGGUGACGUGGGCCAGGGCCCUGCUUUAUGACACAGGGCUCUUUUUGACAGUUCAUACAAUAUAUGUAAAGUUUUUGAAUCAAGAAUUUUAUAGAGAGUAUUCUGUCAAGGAA